AUGGUGAAGAUUGAAGAAGUCACUGACGCGGACCGCGAAAGGCCGAACUCCCCUUACUCCUCUUCAUCAAGAAACUCUUCCAGCACAUCUUUAUCGUCCGUUGCUUCUUCAGAAGUUGACGACGUCCAAUCAGAAUCUCUAAUUGAUCGAAUUUCUGCCCUUGUGGAUAUCAUCCCGCCAACCACACGUCACUCCAUAUCAGAAUCGUUGUCUCAAACGACAAGAUUGUUGAAGAGAGGGACAAAAUUCGCUGGCAAUGUCGUGUGGAUCGUUACGACAAGCGCUUUGCUCGUCGGCUUGCCACUUGCCCUUGUACUAGAAGACGAAGCCAAAAUUGUGCAACAAGAAAAGGAAUUUUUAGCACAACAGCAGGGACAGCAGAUGCUUGCGGGGAGUCCAUUUGCUCCGCCUUCACCACCACAAGGAAUUGUUCCGCCUGGAUUCUAG